UAUGUGAGGAGAGUCGUCACACGUUUGCCGAAACCAGUCGAGGAAUCAACCCACAGUGUCCUCCUCUACAGAUAAGGUCAACAUUUCCAAGAUGACAAAGGCGUUUCUCAUCUGCACGUUGUUGCUAUUGGUGACGCAAUAUACGGCCAGUUCGGAUGCCGACCAGAAGAAAGAGGAUACCGUCGACCAAAAGAAAUCAAACGAAAACGACGAAUACAAGGCCCAACUCGAAUCGGGAAAGAGCAUCAAAGGUGAGGGACCUUUUGUCGUCAACGCCGAGCAAUUGCCGGCCGACGCCCGUGAUGAGGUCAUGAAGCUGUUGAACACCCAGUACCGAUUGUCCCAGGAGAGGAAACAACAGUCUGAAAAGAAAGCGCAACAGGUGCAACCGGAAUUCAAACAAGACGACCUAUUAGAAGAUGGGCCACAAUUAUCGGAAGACGAAACGUUCGAUCCGGAAUUGGCGUCCGGAAUUGCCGAGCUGUUGACCCGCAUGGCCGUCGAAGAUGAAGAUGGUAACCAGUACCUCGACUUGGCCGAACUUCCCGCCGAGCUCCGGGAACCCGUUUCCAGCUAUUUGAUGAGGCAACAACAGGAUGAGGAACAAAUGCAAUUGGACGAUCUCGUCAAGGAGCAGAUCAAGGUGGAAGCGGAAGAAAACAACAAGCCAUCCGUCCCGGUCUCACCUACGCUCAUCAAACAGCACGGCAGCCAAGUGGGAGGACUUUUAGGUAGUUUGAUUGGCGGAGCUGUCGGAGGCUAUCCAGCUUACGGCAACCCUGGAGCUAAUUACGGCGGAUACGGUGGAUACGGCGGCAACUACCACGGUGGCUACCGGCCCCAGUAUGGCGGAUAUCCUCAAUACGGACAGCAAUACGGAGGUUAUCCCGGCGGAGGACAUUACCAACAUCAUCACCAUGGUUACGGUUACCCUGCCUAUCCAGGAGUGGGACAGUCCUAUGGCAACCGUCCCCAACGACCCCAUGGUGUCAUCGUCAGUCGCGAACAAUUGGCCACUUUGUUGGCCGCUGAUCCUACCCUGGCCGAAUUCGUUUAUCCCUUAUCCCUGAAUGCUGCUGCUGCUGCUGGACCUAUGCCCGGCUAUCAUUUCGGCCAGCCCAGCAGUUACAACAGACAACAACCUAAACCUCAACAGUUUUACCAAUCCGCUAAUCCUUUGGCCGCCUAUUACCAGCAAUUCCUCCAGUCUCAGCAAUAUCAACCCCUCACUAGCGAGAAAUUCGGCCCAGCUGGACGAUUCCAACCGCCAACAACAAUCACACAACAACAGCCAAGGCCCUUCGGCUACUACCCCAAACCAUCCGCCGCUUCCGCACUCGACCGUUAUCGUUUUUAACAUCAAAAUGGCCAAAGACUUUGGAAAUCUGGUAGACGGGGGAGGAGGUUUUUAUUGAAACUAUAUGCUCAUUGAUUGAUAAUAAUGAUUCGUUUGGUUAUUAUAUUGAAUGCAAUAUAAUUGGGGUCCUGUAUUUUCCACUGAAGAAUACACACAUGUUUAUACUAUA